AUGACACAACCACACAAGGGGUGUACAAAAAGGGACGAGGAUUCCGACAGCGAGGGCUUAGAAUUUUCGGAUGCCCGUCAACUUGGAGCUCUUUUCGACAAGGUCUCUCCCCGCCAUCCGAGAUGCUCGACAAGCCCGUCAUUGACAGCCCGCGGUGCCCGGGCUCUUCGCACGCACACACGCACGCCAUCAUGGGGUGUCCCUGAACCCCUGGACCAGUGGACCCUGCCAGCCAUGAGAACCUUCAACCGAGGUGCUUCGAUGGUUAUCAGCAAUAUUACCAGGGCUCGGGGCCAACGCAUAGGUAUCGAUAGCCAGGCAGUACACGGCGGAGUUCCAUUGGACAAUCAGCAGCAAUACGAGAUUGUCGGAAAACCGCCUUGCCAAACCCCCGUGUCGCCUGCCCCCUCAUACGUAACCAAGGGCCCCGACAACGGCCACGACGACGACUACGACAGCGACGCGUAA